CUCAGAUGCCGAAUACCGGCAACAGGAUUUGACCGACCAGAAUCAAUACGAAAUAAGUUUGAUUUGAUUUUGAAUUAUUCAUAUUCCCAUCCAAUAUCUUGUAAACUUCUAUUGCCCUUCUUGCCCUCCUCGUGGCUAUGCAAGUGCUCGCACCGGUUCUUAUUCGACGUGGGAUAUCUCGACUACCUAUCGGUUCACGGGCUGCUGCAGCGUCGAAUAUUGGCAACUCGCUGACGGCUCAAUUGACCAGAGAAUCUAUUGGAGGAAACAUCUCGACUCGAUCUGCUGUGCAUAAAGUACAGCUGCACGCCAUGUCUUCUUCGGCGCAGAAUGAGCUGCGGUUUAAGAACCCAAGGAUAUUCGUCUGCGACAUUCAAGAAAAGUUUCGCAAAGUCAUAUAUGAAUUUGACAGCAUUGUCCUCACCACACAGAAACUCGUCAAAUUCGCAAACUCUCUUUCUGUCCCUGUUAUAACCACAACUCAAACCUCAGCUAAACUCGGUCCUACUGUGUCAUCUCUUGCCCAGCUCCUGCCUUCAGCACCUCAUGACAAGACCAAGUUCUCCAUGGUUAUCCCCUCCGUUGUUGCCGAUUUACCCCCGAACUCUGAGAUCGCUCUAGUCGGCAUUGAGUCUCACAUUUGCAUUACCCAGACAGCACUUGAUCUGCGCAACGCCGGCCAUAAGGUUUAUGUCAUCGCUGAUGGAGUAUCUAGCUGUAACCCCCGCGAGGUGGGCAUUGCGCUGGACCGGUUGCGCGCUGAGCCUGGUAUCACAGUGACUUCAAGCGAGAGUUGGAUGUAUGAGUGCGUGGGAGAUGCGUCACACUCGGCUUUCAAGGGACUUUUUGGUGUCGUCAAGGAAUCAAUGGCCGACACUAAGAAGGUCUGGCAGACUUUACCUCCGGAGUCUAAGAUCUAAUCAACGGCGUAUUUCAUGAUAGACUGACGACAGAGCCUUCCACUACAUAGUUUUGCAUAGCACAAACACCAUCAGUUACAAAUUUGUUUUAUCUUUAGUUGAAAGCAGGGGAUAACAGCUCCUGUGGCUCUGUCCAUUUAUCCCGUGAGAUCAAAUCGACAUUCUUAUCAUUAUCAUCCUCUGUCCAGAGUCUGCGACCUCUACCAGAGAAUCGCUCCUCUGAGGCUCAAACUAGCUAUGAUCACGAUAGAUCCAGACCAUCGUCUCUGAAAGGUCUUCAUACCUACAAGAUCAACAAGGAAACUAAUAAUAAAGAAUGAAAGACGAGAAGUCAUUGUUGAAAGCUUUCUACUCUGAGCCUGUGGUCGCCUUUGGCUUCGAUACUGGUGUCAUCCACGAGAACGCUGAAGCAACACCGACUGGGUUGGCUGACCUGGGCAAAGCACUGUUGGAGUUCCCGUUGCUGUUGUGUCCCUCGCGAUUCACAGGCGAUAAUGAAGACUGCGACUGAGAUUGCGCCUUGUGCUCGGCACUGCCCACGCUCAUCACGCGUUUGGCCUCCCAUCUGUUAGUAGGAGUGACACCAUUCUCGCCAGCACCGGCUUGACUUUUACGCCGGCUGUCCGUCGAACCUUUGGCUGAAGGAGAGGGGUCAUAGGAGGAGCCCACUCUCGAGGCUGACUUUUGAGGCUUGAGGACUUUCAUGUUGCGACCCCGACCAGCGGGUUGAUAUCCGCUUAACGAACCGUCUCGCUGUGGACCGUCUGCGCCGUUACCUGGCCCGUGGCGCCAGGAUCCCCAGAUACCAGAAGGAGGCUCCCGCUGACUAGUCUCGGAUGCACCGUGUUC